AUGGUAUCAGGCUGCGGGCAAGCCGUUCCCGGUGUGCAUGUCGAGCGGCGAAAGAACAACAUCAGCAGCAGGUCGUUCGCUUUGCAGGUCUUCAAGGACAAGCUCAACGAACAAGUAGUGGCCCUGGAGCAGCUGCAGCCGCUCAGACUCUUCCUGAAGUAUACCAGGCUCGCGGCCAGUGACUUGCGGCAAGGCGACAGAGAAGGCCGUACACUUCUCCACCAUGCUUGCAUUUGCGGCCACGCGGGUGCAGUGUCUAUCCUUCUGCGGCACGGCGCUCCCACAACGGUAUUGGACACUUUCGGAGAUACUCCCGCCCACCUGGCGGCGCGCUCUGGCCACCUGGAGGCUCUUGCCGAAGUGCUGCAGCGAUUGUUGGCCUGUGAGAAGGCGCCGGACGCCCCGCCCCUGGAGUCGACAGGCAGCUGCGGGACCUCACUGCGGGACCUGAUCGGCCGGGCGCUGCACGACGGUGGGGCGGGGGACCCGGCGAAGAGCGGUGGCCAGGGGUCGGAGCUAGGGGUUGCCGUGGCGGGACCCGGCGACGAUGCCGCUGGGUGCAAUGGGCAGGAGUCCCCCGAGGAAGGGGGUGAGAGCGAGGACGAGGAUGUGCGGUGGCGGCGGCGGCUACGGGAGGAGCUCAGCGACGGGGAGGAGACCGUAUCGGACGGUUGGAACAAGAGCGCAGCGGGCCUCCCUGUUUGUGGGGAGAGUGACGACGACUGGGCGGACCGGAUCUGGCAGGAGAUGUGCAGCCGCCGCAGUGCAGCCGCGGCCGCCAGUGCUGCCGCGUUUACUGCGGACCUCCGCGCGGAGACCACUCGGCGGGCGGCGGAGGCGGAGGAGCGUAGCAGGCGAAUAUUGCAGCUGACCGUGGAGGCCUCUUGGGCCCGGGCUCUAGGUGCCCAAUUCAUCGCGCCUUGUUCUUCACAAUUCAUCUUCAGCAAGGUAUCAUCGUGUAUCGCUAUUCACCAGGAAGAAAAAGCCAAGGAUGCCAAUUGGCGUCGCCGUACCCUGGCUGCUAUUGAGGCUGGACCUGCGGCGGGUCCCCUGGACCUGACGGCGGCUCGCGUCGCUUACGAUGCGCGCUGGGCUCAAUUGGAUCAGGAAGCGGCCGCCGGCGCCGUCCUAGCAUCCCCUCCGGCACCUUUGCGCUAUUCUGAUAUCCCCUGGCCGCUGGAACCAACCCAGCCUACCCCAGCUGGUCAGAGCCAGGGUGUCAGAGGGGGUGCGCCACCGCCGCCACCACCACCGCCGUCGCCACCGUCAGCCGAGGCCCUGCGUAACUUCCUCCUGCUGGGUGCGACGGGGCCCUCAGACGUCAAGCGACGGUUGCGAGCCGAGCUGCUGCGCUGGCACCCGGACAAGUUCGGGGCACGCUUUGGCGCUCGACUGGCGGCCGCGGGGCCGGCGCAGCGCGAGGCGGCGCUGAUCCGUGUGCAGCAGUUAGCACAGGUGUUGACGCAGGCAUCAGAUCCGGCCAACUUCGACCUUGCGUUCAACUUUGUGGCCCAAAAUGUCGCUGAGCUUGGGCGGAGCAUUGAUAUCCGUGCCGCUGAGGACUGGUUUGACAGCCUGGCGCGGCGGUGUGAUGUGGACUCUCAGUGCGGCAAGGCGGCACGUGUUCGGGCACUGGUGGCAGAGAUCAAGUGUUGGGGAUCCAGUCUGAAGAGCGACUAUGAUGACCCCGAGUACCGCAUCCUGACCCUGCUCAUGCUCCUCGCCGAGCGACCACUCGACACCUCCGUGGAGCACGCCGCCGCGCUGGUACGGCAGGUACGGGAGCAGCAGCUCGCAGAUGAGGCGGCGGCAAAGGCACAGAAGGUUCGUGAGGAAGCGGAGCUACUGGCCCUGAUUCGGGCGGAAGCUAGCAGCGAUUCGGACGAGGAGCUUGCCGGAGCCCCGCGAAGGGGUGGCCGCGGGGGUUAUUACGGCUCGCCAUCGUCGCUGAGCGACUGGAGUGAGGAUGAGCGGGCCGGGGCUGUAAGCGCCGAAGCAGGCAGCGGCACUGGGGGACCCGCCGCCCACCGGCGCAGUGGUGCGAUGUUGCAAGACUACGGCAGCAGCGGGAGCGUGGUGCUGCCCACGCCGCCAUCGUUCUUGCGGCCUGGCGCGCUCGGGGUGGCGUCUGCAGGGGUGCAGGCCGCCAGCCCCAAGCCGGCUCCGGUAGUGACGUCGCCGCGGGAGCCUUCCGGCCAGCUCCAGACGCAGUUCACACUUCAGGCGCUGCUGCAGCCCCAGCAGUCACGCAGCGCGGUGGCACAUGACCCACCUGCCUCUGCCGGCCGCCAGCGUCUCCCUCCGCGGCGACUGCUGGUCCCCAGCAGCAGCCUGCGGGCCAGGCUGGUGACGGCUGCGGGUCUGCCCCUGCGAGUGGCGGGUGAGGUGACUCCGCUGCCCCGGGUGCUGCUGGCUCUGUUGGCAGCCCUGCAGGGCCGCAGCAGUGAGGAAAUAUCCUGGGACCCAGUCAACUGCAGCUUCGUUGCUGCCGAUGACCUGUACCUGGCCGCCGACGUCUCCUUCGGUGCUGUACGCUCCGCCGUACGCUCUGUCAUCCGCGCCUCCACGGCCGUCCGACGUCUGGACGACUGGGUGCAGACCUGCCUGCUACGACACUGCGGAGGUGGAGCCGGGAGCACCCCGGGGAACCAGACCGCUGGCGGCGGCAGCGGGACCGCAGCUGGCGGCCGGAAGCCACCGGCGUCAGCUCCGGCAGCUUCUGCCGUGCCUGGCGGUGGGGCCCCGGUUGUGGCUGGCGGAGGCAGUUGGCCUGCGGGGUCCCUGGAGGUGCCUGCCUGGUUGCUAACGGCGGCGGAUGUCAAGGGGCGCACUGGGCUGAGGCUGGUGCAGGGACCCACACUGCAGGCGCUGCAUCAGGCGGUGUCGUCCUGCCUCCACGCCCUCCGUAUCCCGCUGGUGGAGCUGGAGCAAAGGGUCACCACAGCAGCGGCAUCAGCGGCGGCAGCUGGAGGCGUCGACGGCUCGCGCUCAGGAUUGGGCCCCCGCGACCCCGCGACGGCGGCGCCGCCGCUGCCCUCGCUGUAUGAGCUAUUGCUGAGCUGUCAGCCCUUCAUGCGACGAGCUGCAGGGCUGGUGGCGGCGUACCUGGAAGUCGCCAAGCCGCUGGUGACGCAGCUGGCGGCGGCACCACCACUACAGGCUUCGGCGGCAGCCAUCUCCUCCGACGUCAGCCCGGCGCCGCGUGUAAGCUCCGUGUCGCCUGCACCGGGAGGUCCAGCUUCUGCGCCAUCCGCUGCCGCAACCCCUGCAGCAGGGGCUGGUGGCCGCUCGGUGGCUCUGCAGCUGCAGGCGGGGCUGGUUCUGGAGCGGCUUCACGCGAUGAACGAGAGAGGCUGGCUGGACGGUGUGUUUCGGCCCCUGGAGUCUCACGCCCACCGCUGUAUGGUGCUCUACCUGUAUCUAUGCGCCCUGGAGCCGCUGCUGGAUGGCCUUUCGGAGUGGUUGUGGAACAGCGGUACGGGCCCGGCAGCGGCAGCAGCAGCGGCAGCAGGGGCCGUGGGCGGUGCAGUGGGCACUGGGCCCACCGCGGCUGGGGCCGGGGCCGGGGCCUCGGAGCUGCCAGCUGAUUUCUUCAUCGUGCGCGGCGGGGGACCUGGCAGAGAGGUGCCUCCCGACCACCCGGCCUUCUGGCGGGAAGGCUACGCGGCUCUCAUCCGCCCGCAGCCAUCAGGACCAGCAGCAGGUGCAGCGGGUGCUGGCGGGGCCGGGUCCCACGCAGCCGGGGCCUCGGCGGCGGCGGCCGCGGCAGCGCAUUACGGUCCAUCGUACCUGUGUCCUUCCUUUCUGGAACCCCUGGUGCCCAUCAUUAUGGCGGCAGGCAAAUCCCUGCGGCUGCGGCAGCGUGAAGCCGACAGCAUGGAGGCCGCCGCCACCACCACCGCCGGCGCCGCGGGACCCGGAUACGGCUCUGCCGGCUCUGCGGUGCUGGAUCCCGUUGCUCUGGAGGAGUCGUACGCGCUGUACGGCCUGGAUCCUGAGUACGCCGACACGGUGUACGGCAGGAGGGGCGGCUGGAUCAGCGGCCGACGAGACUUAAAGCGUGGCUUGAUGGAGCGCCUAAUGUCGUACAUCGCCUCUUCUGGACAGGAGCUAGGGGCCGGUGCAGGUCUGGGGCCAUCUGGGCUUCAGGGUAAUGAUGAGACGUGGGCCCCUGUGGGCGCAGGGGGCAUGGCACCUGCUGUGGCACCUACCCAGAUGCGACCCACGGCGAGUUUCAGGGCCGCUACUGCUUCAGCAUGUGUGGCAGCUGGGCCAGGGGGGUUGGCGACGACCGCAGCGACGGCGGAAGGCGGGGUGGCUGCUGCCGGGGGCCUGUGGACGCGUAUGGCGACUGCCUCAGCACGCCUCAGGUCCCUGUGCCUUCUUGAGGACAUUGAACUGGGUGAUGACUCCCCGGGGCGCAGCGCCAGUGACCGUGGCGGCAGUGGCCGCCUAAAUGGGGCUGGCGGUCGGGAGACCGGCGUUGUGGGGAUGCCAGCGACGGCGAUCCGACGUGUGCGGGCGCCGCGCCCGGCGGGGGUGGGACGGACAGCGGAGGUCGGAAGUUUGUCCCCUGUUUCGCCGUUGGACUGUGGCGGUGCCAGCGGCAUUAGUAGCCCAGAUGAGGCGGCAGCUGCCCGCCAACAGCAUCAACAGCAGCAUCUGGUUGACCAUUGGGUGGAGGAAGUACGGUCGGGUGGGUGGUUGCCGAGGCGCUGCGAGCUGCUGCUGAGGUCGACGGCGGAGCCGGCGUCGCUCUUGGUGGGGGUAAACAGCUGCGGAGGCGGCCAUGGGUGCAGCAGCGGAGGCAGCCGAGGCCUACCCUUGGCAGGGCCGUGGCACCGAAUACACCAGCAGCUGCGGGCGGGGCCACGAGCUGCGCUGGAGGACGCAGCGGCUGCACACGAUGCGACCGGCCGCAGCAGCCGCCUCCGCGGGCUCCUGGGCCGGGGUGGCGACGGCGGGGUCUGGAGCUGGAGCCGCUCCUUCGCAGCAAACGCCUACCAGCACCCCGCCCUGGACCUGCUGCUCAUGCACGCAUGCGGCCAAGCACCGCCGCCAGGGCCUCCGCAGUUCACAACGCCUGACGCCGUGGAGCCGACGGCCGCUGCAAAGGCGGUUGGCGGGGCCGGGGAAUGGACUGGUGCUGGAUGUGCGGCGAUGCCCGGCUCACCAGCUAAAACCUCCCUUGCUGGUGGCGGUGCUCCACUGGGUCUGCCUCACCCUCAGGAGCUGCUCCGGCAGGGCCUGGUAGAGCCGCUGCAGGACAGGGCCUACCACGUCAAUGACGCGCUGCUACUGAAGCUGCUGAGUGGCUGGGGCCUGGAGACCCGGCUCAUGGCACUGCCCGCCGUAUUUCUGCUGUCCUCACCUGCCGUGCGCUCCUGGGCGGACCGGCUGGUUUCGGCGUUACUCAGCGGUAUGCGGCUGGGUGAGCGGCCCCUGGAGGAGCAACAGCUUGAAUCCAUGUUGCAGGAGGCUCUAGCAUCCGCCGACCCGGACGAUGUGCUCCCAACCCCCUCCAGCCUGGUGCUGACUCUGACCCCUGUGGCGGGUCAGGAGGCGGCGGGAGCGGCAGGCUCCGCUGCUGCUGGCGCAGCUGGUCGGACGGCCGGCGGCAAGGCCGGAGGGCCCGGAGGCCAGCAGCAGGAGCCCGCAAAGUUCCAGGUCGUUCAGGAGCUAGACCGCAGUGUUGCUGAGCUGGACCGGCUGCAGCUGAGCCUGGCCCCCUCCUGGGUGGUGGCGCUCAUCGCGGACACUCGGGUGCUCAAGGCGUAUAGCCAUCUGCGCUGGGUGCGCACCGCCCUGAAUGCUGCCCACAAGAGCUCAUACCUGGCGUGGAAGGAGCGGGAGACACGCGCACACCCAAACAGCUGGAAGCCGCUGCGUAGCGGCGGCGGCGGCGCGGGCCGUGCACCGCCUCCGUUGCAGCGCACCGUCAGUGCGGGCAUCGUCGACGCCGCUGUUGGCCAGGGGGUCUCAGCGGCAGCUGCCGCCGGCGUGCGCGGCAGUACCAGUAGUAACAGCCUUCUAGGGGGCCCCGCGGCAGCGGCGGCGAGGAAUGCGCCGGGAUCCGCGUCAACGUCAGCGGGCGGCGCUGGCGGCAGUUCAUCCUCCGCCUCUAGCGCUGCUCGGCUUCAGUCUUCCCUGGCGGCUAUGGUUCACUUCAUGGCGACCCUGGAGCAGUGGGUGGCCACUCAGCUGGUGCAUGAUGCUUGGGUGCAGCUGAUGACGGAUCUGAACGCCGCCCGCAACCUGGAUGAUGUAUGCGAGGCGCACACAGCCUACACGGUGACACUGCUGCGCCGCUGUUUCAGGUACGCGGGGGAGGAGGGCAGUCGCCACAUGGGCGCUGCGCUGCGGAAGUGCCUGGACGCCUGCCUGCGCUUCGCCGCCGCGGUCAGCAGCCUGACGGGAGGAGGAGCGGCCAAGGUGAUGCCAGGAGGGGCAGCAGCCGGCGGGGCUGCCCAGGGUCCGGGUCCCGGAGGUGUGCUGCCCAACCCGCUGACGGCCCGGUUACAGGACGAGGCCCAUCACGCCGCCAGCCAGUUCUCCUAUUGGCUGGGCUACCUGGUCCGGUUUGUGUCCACGAGGGCGCUAUUGAGCCCCUCAAGCGACCUGGGCGACCUGUUAAUGCGCCUCAACUACAACGACUGCUACAGCGCACACUUCAUGCCCGAGGAGCUCGUGGCACAACAGCUGGCCGCACAGCACUGCGCUACAGCCGCGGCACGGGGCUGGGCGGCGCUGGGCCCAGCCCGAAAGCACCAUCCAAUCAACAAAGUUGACGGGCGCUCACUGAACUCGCUCGUAUCUCAGUCGCGAGCCACACACAGUAGCACAGCCAAGUGUGUGUGA